GAAUUGGAAAAUGUCCUAGAAAUUUUUGGAUUUUUGAGUUUUUAAGUGUUUAUAUUGCUGAUAAACCAGUUCUUUUGAUAAAUUUAAACUUAGACUGGCACAUCUAAAGAACUAGGUUCGCCUUGACUAGCAUUUUAUUGUCGGGGAAUCAACUUCAGUUUCAGUAACUAACCAAAAAUCCAAUUCUAAUUUUGUAGCUUCAGUUUGCAGGUAAUGUUUCAUCAAGUACCUAUAAAGAGUUAUAUGUUAAAAAUUCAUGCAACAAUCCAUCGUGGUGUAAUCUUGAUUUAAGUAGGCCUACAAGUACUUUGCUUUUUCAGAUUAACUUAGUAACCUAAGUUACUGUACUAGCCCAAUCAAAUAGUACAUCGGACCAAACAAUAAUUAAGAUUGCAAAAUGACUGGAAGAGGUGCACCCAAGUCGAACGCUUGGAAGGAUCGUACCAAAAUUCAGAAUAGUCAGCAGAAAAGAGCAGAGGGGUCGGGCUUGCGUGGAGGAUCUGGUAGUCAGCUUGUGAAUCUGUCGCAAGCAGAAGAAAAGUUUCUGGCAGCCAAGUCGCGAAUGCAGGCAAGCGUGCAGAAACACUUGCAUGACGACUACAAUUCGUCCUCUGAAGAAGAUGAACUUGAAACUGAUAAUAUUCUCAACUCUGUUUUGAAAAACUACUCAUCGUUAUCAGAUGAUUCUAAUGUUGAUCUUGGCAGAACACAGAAAUUCCUUGAAGACGCUUUCCAGUCGGGUGCUGCCAUAUGUCUCAUCUGCAUUGCUACUGUCAAACGGCCUGAUGCUAUUUGGAGCUGCACAAAAUGCUUCUGCUUUUUCCACGUGAUCUGCAUACAACGAUGGGCGAAGGACAGUGUGACGCAUCAGAAGCAGGUGCUGGAAGAAAGGCAACAGGCUCCGCCCAUUUGGGACAAACUAUCAUGGGCAUGUCCUAAAUGCCGUAACAACUAUUCGUCCACUGAAAUUCCAAAGGCGUACUUCUGCUUCUGUGGUAACGUGGAAGAUCCCGAGUUCCAUCCAUGGCUAGUGCCGCACUCUUGCGGCGAAACUUGCAACAAGCCGCUGCAGCCAUCUUGUGGCCACCAAUGUCUGCUACUUUGUCAUCCAGGUCCAUGCCCACCAUGCCCGAAGAUGGUGCAGUCGCACUGCCACUGCGGCAAAGCGGCACCACGACCGCAGCGCUGCAGCAACAAGCAUUGGUCGUGCGGCGAAACUUGCGGCAAGCUGCUGACGUGCGGCAAGCACACGUGCGACCACUUGUGCCACAGUGGCACGUGCGCUCCCUGUCCUCGCCAGUCCACCCAGAAGUGCCUCUGCCAGCGCAACUCUGCCGUCAGGGAGUGCGCCCAACCUUUCUGGAAGUGCGAACAGGUGUGUGGCAAACCGUUGGCAUGCGGCAACCACCGUUGUGAGGUGGUGUGCCACUCGGGCGCAUGCGACCAGUGCGCCCUGACGCAGACGCGGCGCUGCCCUUGCGGCAAGUGUGAACAUGUGCUGCCCUGCGACCGCGACACGCCCACUUGCGGCGACACUUGCGGCAAGACGCUCGAGUGCGGCCAGCAUACCUGCUCCUUGCGCUGUCAUACUGGACCCUGUGGACCGUGUCUGGAGCGUGUUGUGAAGACGUGCCGUUGUGGACUGCACUCCAAUGAAGUUCCCUGCGCCAAAGAGUACACUUGCGAAACCAAGUGCAAGAAGAAGAAGGACUGUAACCUGCACACCUGCAAUCGUAAGUGCUGCGACGGAUCGUGCCCGCCGUGCGAGAAGCCAUGUGGUAAGCCGCUGAAGUGUGGCAAGCACAAGUGCCAGUCCAUCUGCCAUCACGGCCCCUGCUACCCGUGCCACCUCACCGAUGAGAUCCACUGCUGGUGCAAGGCCACCUCCACGCUCGUGCCUUGCAGCAUCAACAAGAAGCGCUUCAGCUGCAACAAGCUAUGCAAGAUUCCUCCUUACUGCCACCAUGAGAAGCGUAAGCCACACAAGUGUCACUCUGGCCUGUGCCCCCCCUGCAAGCAGCCGUGUGGCGCCACAUACGACGUCUGUGGACACGUCUGCAAGGACAUCUGUCAUCUGCCCUACUUGAAAGAGCCCAACAUUCCGCACAAACAGCGCGACAAGAUGGUGGUGGAGGAGGUGCGUGGACCGUGCAGGCCGUGCAGUGAGUCGAUCGCAGUGCCGUGCCUGGGUGGCCACGAGAUGAUGGCCAAGCCCUGCCACAAGGCCUUCCACACCAGCUGUGGCCGCAAGUGUGGCCGGCUGCUGGCCUGUGGCAACCACGUCUGUGACAAGGAGUGCCACACUGUUCUCGGCGCCGAUGACGACACUGUGGCCGGCAAAACAUGCGAGCCGUGCAAUCGCAGCUGUGAAGUAGCCCGGCCAGCCGGCUGCCCUCACGCAUGCCCUCACGCAUGCCACCCGCCGCCUUGCAAGCCAUGCACGGUGAUGUUGCGCAUGCCUUGCCAUUGCUCGCUCGUACAACUCUAUGUGCGCUGUGGCGACUAUGUGGCCGCCACCUCCCAACGCCGCCUCCAAAUGCUCACCUGCGACAACCAGUGUCCCAAGAACUAUCCUUGCGGUCACCGGUGUGCGAGCACGUGUCACAUAGGUGAAUGCCCCAACGCGGAGACGUGUCGGCAGAACGUGAAGGUGGCGUGCAAGUGCAAGCGCAUCAGGAAGACAUUCCGCUGUGUGGCCGUCCGAGCGGGGGAGGCGCACGUCGACUGCGAUCAAGUCUGUCUCGCCAACAAGGAGGAGGAACUCAAGAAAAAAGAACUUGAAAAGCAGAAACAACUGGAACUGGAAGAAAAGAAGAAUCGGGAAGAACUUGAGAAAUUCCAGAAGAAGUUCCAGGGUCGUAAGAAGCACAAGGAGCGUCGCAGUUACGAGGUGGAUGAUAAGAAAUCGUUCAUGGCCCAAUAUUGGCCUUGGCUAUUGGCUAGUGGUGGUCUUACUAUGGCAAUCCUGGCUUACUAUUGUCUGUAAGGGCCGUCAAGGUUUGAUAUCCAAUCAAUUCAGCUUAUUAAGAUCUGUUGAGAAAUUAGAACUUCCCUCGCAAACUUUGAUAUUUUUGAACAAUUCUUCAUUUCCCACAGUGUUGGUGGGUUGAUCAAACUGAAUUCCAAAGACAAUAUUCAAAUAAAUUUGAAUCCCCAAAGCAACUUGAUCUUCCCACGAACACUUUUUUAUUAAUUAGAGACUAAAGAU